UGAAGCCGCCACCACCUUCGCCACCGUAUUCAUGGUCUAAUGCAGGUGUCUGGGGUUGAUCGUAGAUCACACGACGACGGGCUCUUAAUUGUGCCACCUUUCAGUUCCCUUUCGCGUAUAUUUUUUUUUGUCAUUCAUUCUUCUCUGUAUAUAAUUACAUUUCACAUUGACCAUACCCAUGUACAAAAGGCUACCUUCAACCGAUACAUUACUGAGCAAACCACCAUAUACAACAAAUAUACACGAUCUCAAACACAACCUUGUCGAUGAGCUAAAAAACCAAAACAAUUUUCAAGCCGGCGAAGCGCUAUUUGCGCACUUGCUGAAACGGCUACAGUUGCAGGACUCUUUCGGACAACCGGCCGACGUGUAUAAUCCAGACAAGCCCAAAUACUUUCGAACAGAACGUCCAUUCGGCUUUGCAGAAAUCGGAAACUUUCGCAAAGCUGUAGUAACCAUGAUCCGAUACUCACCGCAUCCGGAAACAGGCCUAAAAUAUGCCAGUUUCUUACUCGAACAGAUUGAUCCACCCCUUCGCGAUGGACAUACCGAAAUCACAGCCUUGAUCAAUCUAAUAUAUAUCUACAGCCACAGCGGCGCGGACGAGUAUCUCAAGAAUGCAUUGGAUUUCGUCAAGAUUGGGCUUGACCGUGGGUUACAUUUGUAUCGAAAAAGUCAUUAUGAGGAGACUCGCACGUUCAAGGAUUCCUCGUCCGUGUUCUCGUCAGUCUGCAAACCUAUAUUGCGAUAUCAUAAGUUGCAACCCACACUUGAUGGCAGAGGACUUGAGCCGUAUGUAUCUCCUGGCAAAUAAAUUCCACUUCUCCCCGCCCAUCACCCUCUCAAUCUACACUGAUGAUGAUACCCUUGUUUGCAUUUCUUCCCCCCGCCCGUUUCGGCUUCUUUGCCAAAAAAAAACAGACAUCAUUGCGUGUUGGUGUAUUUGUCCUGAAGAAU